AUGGCCUCCCGGAGCCUGGGGGGCCUGGGAGGGAGCCGCGGCGGGGGCGGCGGCGGCAAGAAGAGCCUGAGCGCCCGCAACGCCGCCGUGGAGAGGAGGAACCUGAUCACGGCGUGCAGGUACGGCGCGGCCCGCCGCUCGGGGACAGAGGAGGGGGCCGCCGGCGCCCGGGCUGGGGAGAGCGCUAGCCCCCGGGGUCCCGGAGACAGCCCGCCGAGCCCCGGCCGCGCCGGGCGUGUCCGCGGCCAGCGCGUCCCGAGUGGGGCCGGUCUGGGCUCCAAGGCCCGGACUUUCCGUCAGUUUCAGUGCUGGGAGCCGCUGAGGGGAGGGCUUGGGGCGGGGCUGGGGGAGGAUUUGUUUUCAGGGUACAGUCUAGCGUCUGAGUGA